UCAAAGCAAUGGAGGAAAUCUAUAUGAACGUUGACCCUGUGAAAACGGUCUGCCAAAUUCCCGUUACAAAAAAUGAAGGUUCUGGCAGAUCCAAGAAGAGGCUCUAUGUGGGUGUUAUCAUCUCUCUGGGGCUUCUGAAUGUUUUCCUGCUGAUUGGACUCAUAAGCCUUGGUGUUUUCUCUCAUGAUGUAGGCAGCUUGGCAGCAGAUUUCACCGACACCAAAGACAAUCUGACGGAUCGUCUCCAGGACAGCAAUGACCGGCUUUCUGUCAUGACUGAAGAAAGAGACCGUCUGAAYGCAAACSUCACAGAAAUGUCUAAAGAGAUGAUCAGGCUCCAGAGUUUGUUGAAGAAAAAGAAAACCUGUCCUGAAGGAUGGAGGAUGUUCAGCUGUUCUUGUUAUUUCCUCUCUACAUCGUCUGGCUCCUGGGAUGAAGGCAGAACGGAUUGCAGGACCAGAGGAGGAGAUCUGGUGGUGAUAGAUGACGAUGAUGAACAGAAAUUUCUUUCUACGUUCAUCACUAAAGAAACAUGGAUUGGUUUGAAUGAUAAAGAAACUGAGGGAUCCUGGAUGUGGGUCGAUGGCACUCCGCUGUCCAACCUACUUACCAAAUACUGGGUGGCCCAACAGCCUGAUAAUGGUGGUGGAGACCCAAAGUGGGGAGAAGAGGACUGUGUGCAUAUCAGGACUUAUGACACUUUGUUAUGGAAUGACCUGAAAUGUUCUGCUUCUCAGCAGUGGCUCUGUGAAAAGGAUCCAAUCUAAUGCUGGGAGUGUGUUGGUACAGAGCCCCCUAGCGGACAUGGGGAAAAAUGUUUCUUUUGGGUUCGCAAUAUGCUUACUGCAGUAUUUGCUGGUCUACUUUGUAUACAGUCACAAAUGUCGAUUUAAAAUUUCAAAUAUAUAAACAUUUGAAGAGCCUCGGUGAAAACGUGUACAUUAUCAACCCUUUGGUGCAAAAAACUGAUUGAAAAUCGAUUCAUUCACUGCGUGUUUAUGUCCAUCUGUGUCAGGUUUAGAUGGAAAUGCACAUGAAAACUUAAAACCAUUUAGACCAACAUACACUGGUGCAUUUCUAUCGUAAAGUAAAAGAUACAAAACUUCAGAUAUUUCACAAUAAAAUAUUAGCACACUCAGAAAAACCUUACAGCAGAAAGUACGAUGGCCACCGUAAGAAAAGCAGCGUUCAUUUAUGCUGCAUGCACUGAUCAGUACAUUAUUGCGAGGGAACGCAAAAAAAAAAAAAGUAAAAA